AUGAUGAACAUUGUGGCUUUAUGUUUUGUAUUGAGCUCACUUGCAGCGGCGGGUGUUUGGUCUCCAAGCCCAGAGAAACGAAAUCAUAAUCAAGACGUUAAAGAUGUUAUAACGGAGGAAGUUCACCGAGUGGUAGUGAUUGAAUUCGAGAAAGAAGAUGGCGACGCCAAAGCUUCUCAGGUCUCCGACAAAGGGUAUAUUUCCGAUUCCAGAGAGAUGUUAUCGAAGGCGGCGCCAGCGGUAGAGGGUGUCGUAGAAGAUGCAAAGGAGAAGCUGAAGGAUGCGUCUUCUGUUCUUCCGAAUUUGGGUCAAGGUCUCUCUUAUCCGCAAGACGAACAGAGUGGUCAUACUCAUAGCCCAUGUCCUAAAGCGCAUGAAAGUGGUCAUACUCAUAGCCCAUGUCCUAAAGCGCAUGAAGAUAAAGUUUAUGAGAUCAAAGAAGAAGCAAAGGACGCUGUAAGUGGGGCACUUGGAAAAGUAAGAGAAACAGUCGCACGGAAAAGACAUGAGACAUCAGAGACAGCCCGGGAGGCAAAAGAGAAGGCCAGAGAGGCGAAAGAGACUGUUGGUGAAGUUUCACAUAAAGCAAAAGAGACAGUAUCAAAAAAGGCCCAGGAAGUAGAAGAAAUGGCGAAAGAGACCGUCGAGAAAGCGAAACGUGUGGCGAAGGAAGCUUUGGACAUGUCCAAGACAAUGGUAGAAGACAUAGAGAAAAAUGCCUCGAAAAUAAUGGGGAUGGCGAAGGAAAAGGUCACCGUAAAGGCGGAAAAAGCCGAAGAAAAGGCCAAGCACGCUGCAGAGAAGGUGAAAGGCACCGCAAAUAGGAUUAAAGAAAAGGGUAAUAAUAUUUUUCAUCGCGCUCGAGCGGUCGUGCACGAUGUCGCAGCGUACGUGAGUUCUCCGGAAACAAUGGAAUCAUUGAUGGGUGUGGUUCAUUUGCUGGGUUUUUCGACGGCGUAUGGGACGUGUGUGUGGGUUACGUUUAUUUCGAGCUAUGUUCUUGCCGGGGCUUUGCCUAGACAGCAGUUUGGAAUAGUGCAGAGUAAGAUAUGUCCUGUUUAUUUCAGCGCGGUGGCUUAUGGUGUUGGGAUGGCUUUGGUGGGGCAUUUGUUAAGGCAGAGGCGCAGGUUGUUUUGGAGUAAGGUGGAGAUGUUUGAGGCUUGUAGUCUUUUGGCUUCGCUUUUGUUGGUUGUGGCCAACUUGCUUUACUUGGAGCCUCGAGCCACUAAGAAACGAAAUCAUAAUCAAGACGUUAAAGAUGUUAUAACGGAGGAAGUUCACCGAGUGGUAGUGAUUGAAUUCGAGAAAGAAGAUGGCGACGCCAAAGCUUCUCAGGUCUCCGACAAAGGGUAUAUUUCCGAUUCCAGAGAGAUGUUAUCGAAGGCGGCGCCAGCGGUAGAGGGUGUCGUAGAAGAUGCAAAGGAGAAGCUGAAGGAUGCGUCUUCUGUUCUUCCGAAUUUGGGUCAAGAAAUAAAAUACAAGAAUUUAUACAAAAUUCUCACAAAUGAGAUCUCUCCCAAAUCUCUCUAUGUUUCUUCCUCACUGAUCUUGAGCCUACUUCUGGUGUUCACUAAGCUUCCUAUUUAUAAGGAGUUUUCUGGCCAAAUAAGUCAAGGAAGAGGGAACACAUUUAAGGCUUUGUCAAAGCUUCAGCCGUCCGCCGUCAAGCAGUCCGCCGGAAGGCCAUCCAUAGAGGUGGCUACUAGAGAGUGA